AUGGCGCCUUUAACUAGAUCAGCUGCUGGGGCCUCUUUAUUCACACCGGCGCCCCAGGCUAGGCAAACCGAGGUCAUCAGUAUCGAUGAUGAUUCGCAACAAUCUUACGAUGAGGAUGAAGAAUUGGACGAGGACCAAAUUUCCGAGGAUCAAUCGGAAGACCAAUCUGAAGACCAAGAUGAGAUGGACCAAGAUAUAGAUGGCGAUACCACAUCGGAGACAGGGUCCGAUGUUUCUGAUCCCGAAUCCUCUAUGCAGUCUACCUUUGAGAUUUCGGGCAAAUCUCAAGACACCCCGUUGUUCACCGCCGCAGGUGCCCAGGAAGCACUGCACCCUCUUCGCCGGACGGCUGACCGCGUCACUCGCCAAAUCGAAGCUUUCGCCGAUAAGUUGGAUCAGUUCAAGCGCGACAAUUCAACCGACGAUUUCAACAGUGCCCAGGCAGCUUACAAGCUCGUGCAGAGCUACCGCGACAUUGCGAACAAUGCGAUCAAGGAAAUCGAGACCCAACAGACCGUUGACCGGACAAAGACGGGCAUCCGAUCGAGCGGGUCGCAAGACGCCAAAAGCUACGAGGAGAUACGGCGAUUGCAACUUGAGGCCGACACUUGGCGCCUCCUGCUCAACCUGAUCAGCAUUGAUGACCCUUCCAGCCGGGCCAGUUACAAGGCAGGACGACAGACAGCUUUCCAGAACCUUCACCGCUACUCAACUGAUCGCGAGAUCUGGGAAGAGUUCCUGAAUGCCGACCAAUAUGGCCUUGAAUGUGUGGUUGCCAUGCGAUGGUUGGAGGAGACCUCCAAGACAGCGAGUCAAGAGUUUGAUACCCUCAUCACUGAAAUGGAGGGACAAGCGGAAAGGGGCCAAGGAUUGUGGACAACCAGUUGGCUGUUUACCAAAGAAGCGAUCAAGGGCCACAAACGUUUGCGCGCCUGGCCACAGCCUCUCGAGCCCAAUGACCCAGGAAUCUCGCGCUCACUUCUGAGCAACGACGAACAGAAACCGCUAAUCACCCAACUCGAUCCCGAUGCUCUUACUCGUCAAAAGCACGGGUUACAAAGGCAGGACGAAUUCUUCGAGCGUGCCACUUGGAUAACUUGCUGGAAAAUGCUCAGACAAGGCGAGAGCUGGACCAAGAUCCGUGAAUGGGCAGAGGCUCGCCUGGACGGGUGGAGGGCCGUCAGCCUAUGUGGCUCUAGUGUGGAUCCCAAGUCGGCAAGUUCUCGAUACCCAUCUGACGAUGGCCACACACGUUUGAUGAACAGUCGAUCCCAUGAUUCAUGGCGCACCGCUUGCUCUGCGCUCGCGCGCGAACCCAAUACCGAUGAAUUCCAGCGAGCGGUCUACGCCCUGCUUGCUGGCGAAACCGAUGCUGCAGCCAGUGUCUGCCGCAGCUGGGACGACUUCCUUUACGUCUACUUCAACCGUGUCGUGCUUUCGCGCUACCAGGGAUUUUGCAAGCAAUUCCAGCGGAAACUCAGCCACUCCCCCAAUACCCCUGUGGCAUUCAACCCGGAACCAGCUGGGCACGCAGAACUUCAAAAGUUCCUUGUCUACCUCAAGGGCAACGACCGAGUCAGCGGGGAAGCGCGUAAUCCGUUCCGCAACAUCCAGGCCACGAUUCUCAGCAAAGGCUACGAUACAUUCUUCACUUCUCUGGCUCAGGCUGUAUCUCAAGUCAGCGCUGAUAAAUAUGGGAAGAACUCUGUUAUCCCAGAGAUCGUGCGCAAGCCAGUAGAUGAAUCUUUCCUCAUAGCUGCCGAUGAUGAAGAAGCUCUCAGAAUUGCGUCUCAUGUUUACGUUGUGGCCAGUGUAAGGGGCUACGCCCGCGCAGAUUCUCAUUUCGUUGAAACGGCUUCGGUGAUUCUCGCUGGACAUAUUGCCAACCUGGAAGACAGGGGUCUAUUCCAUCUUGUUCCACUUUAUGUGUCUCUUCUCCCCACGAAAAUGGGACACGAAGUUCUAGCCAAGAUUCUGAUCGAAAUUGUUGACCCACAAGAAAAGGUUCGGCAAGUGAAGCUCGCGCGGAAGCAUCAUAUUGACAUGGAAACCGUUCUUGGUGUUCAAUGGGCGUGGGUAAAGGAGAAUGUCUCUGUGAUCGAUCAUUCUAGAGGGGUUACUGGCUAUUCAAGAGUGCUGCGACGACCUGAUGGUUCCCGGGCAUUGGUGUCACCCAAGACCGACUUGAUUGGGAACUCUGUUUCUCCAGAAGACGACAAGAUGAUCCGUAGUCUAGAGUGGCUUCGCUACAUUGAUGGGCAGUGGGAUAAGAUUUGCGAUCUUGGAUCCUGGCUGUAUCGCAAGUUCUUCCUCGCUGAUAAGCUUGCCGCUGCUCGCGAGUUGAGUUUCCGACUUCGGUUGGCUGAUAUCUCAAUUGAAAAAUUCGGAUCAGAUAUCAUUUCGAUGCCUCCGCAAGAAGGGGGAUAUACCGAGGCAACUACGCCAACUAGCCCCAGCAAAUCAAAGAGAAACAGCCUCCACCGACGAAGCCUGUCCGGUUCGAACAAUGUUGCACUGGUUUCAGCAUACUACCAGGCUCACAGGGUCCUAGAUCUGGAGAGUUUGGCCCUCGGGUUUGAUGGCGUGGAGCAAUUUGCAUUGGUGCAUGAUCAGAUGUCCAAGACCAAACGUCGACGCGACUCGGGCACCUUAAAGGGCAUGGGCCAAGACAUGAACGAAUGCGUGGCUAUUCUGGAAGAAUCGGUUGGAGCAGUGGUUGCUGAAGACUGGCUACCUACAUCCACUGACGCCGAGGAAGAACAAGACUUCGAAUACAUUCGGACGACCUACGUUCCAGAGCUAAUUCUCGAUUGGCACAACGCCUUAUAUUAUGCCAGUCACACUCUCGAGCGUCAUGACCUGUUGACCUCCUGCAUGAUCGUGUCUAUCUGGGUUGCAAACUACGAACACGUCACUCGUGCCUUCGUAAAGUCACGACGCAUGGCCGAGCUUGUCGAUGUGCUCGCUUUGUCGAGCAAGGCCUUGGUUAUUCGGGACUCUAGCCAACGCAAGUCUCCAAUGGAGCACACCAACUUCGUCAAGGGCCAGGAACUGAAGAUCUGGGAUGUCACAAUCUCCGAAGAGGAAAAGAAGAGGCUUGGGAUUGUAUCGGACCCAGAUCGGGAGCAGUAG